AUGACAUCUAACGUUCUUGUUACUGGAGCCAGUGGCUUGCUCGGCCGUUCUGUUUUCAACACCUUCCAGCACUCGGGCGUGUUGGUUGUUGGCCAGGGAUUCACCCGCCCUGCCCCGCCUACUAUCUUGAAGGCCGACCUGGAGAAGGAGGAGGAUAUCCGAAUGCUGUUCGAUGAAGUCAAGCCUCAGAUUGUCAUCCAUUGCGCCGCAAACAGGUCCCCGGACCUAUGUGACCAGCACCCAGAUCAAGCCCGCAAGGUCAAUGUCGAUGCCACUCGAGCACUGGCUAAGGAAUGCCAAGCUCGCGGCGCCUUCCUCAUCUACAUCUCGACCGACUACGUCUUCCCCGGCACCGAAGGCGAGGCACCAUACGAGGCCAAUGCCGAGACCAAGCCACCGAAUCUGUACGGGCAAUUGAAGCGUGAUGGCGAGGUGGCCGUAUUAGAAGAAACCAGUGCCUCAGGCAUGGGCGUGGUGCUGCGCGUGCCGGUGCUGUACGGCACCGCCAAGAAUAACUCGGAGAGCGCGAUCAACACCCUCAUCGACGCAGUAACAAAGGCUACGGAUGAAAACGCCGGCGUAAAAAUGGACGACUGGGGCAUACGGUACCCAACCAACACCGAGGACGUGGCGCGCGUGUGUCGGGACAUUGUCAUCAAGUACCUGCGCGAGAAGGAGAAGCGGAAGGACUUCCCUCACAUCCUGCAAUUUACGUCCGAGGACCGUAUGACCAAGUAUGAGAUUUGUCAGAAGUUGGCCAAGGUGAUGGGUGUGGCCAUUCCUGGAAUGAUCCCCAAUAAGCAGGGCAAUGAUCCCAAUUCGAGUGUCGUACGGCCUUAUGAUACACAUCUGUCUACCAAGGCAUUGACUGAGCUUGGGAUUGAUGUGCGAACAGUGGACUUCAUUGCGUGGUGGCGCCGGGAAAUGGGUGCUUAUAGGAAAUAA